CCGAAGAAUCCGGGACACACCAUCAGAAUAGGUCCUUGUCAGAAACGAACCAAGGGUGCGUAACGUGUAGAAGGGGGCGUAACGUGUAGAGGGGGGCGUAACGUUUAAUCUUCAGUCCGCAGACAGACCUUCUCCAUCGAUGGUUGGCACCACUUGGUUGCGAUUAAUUUGGCGUCGUCGCUUACACAUGGGAGAAAUGUUCUCCAAGACCCAGAUGCCCACGGCGGAGGCGGCCCUACCCGGCAGGAGCGAGAGUAUGAAAGUUUCGGAUAAACAUGAAGCUAAUGGAAACGCGACUAUUCCACCCUUUCCUGAUGGAACCCAAAUGGUCCUUUUUGGAAUGGGCUGUUUCUGGGGUGCAGAGAGAAAGUUCUGGAAACAAAAAGGGGUUUACUCCACCCAAGUGGGCUACGCUGGAGGUUACACUGCUAACCCCACCUACCAGGAAGUCUGCACAGGUCGGACGGGACACACCGAGGUGGUGCGGGUUGUCUUCUCUCCGAACUCCUUUUCCGAGCUGCUCAAGGUCUUCUGGGAAAACCACAACCCUACUCAAGGCAUGCGUCAGGGAAACGAUGUGGGGACGACAUACCGCUCGGCGAUCUACACCUACUCCCCGGAGCAGCUGGAGCAGGCCCAGGCCUCCAGGGAUCAGUACCAGAAGGAACUUGAGGAAGAAGGUCUCGGUCAGAUCACCACAGAGAUCGAGGAGGACAAAACCUUCUUCUACGCAGAGGACGACCACCAGCAGUACCUCCAUAAGAACCCCAGGGGGUACUGCGGCCUGAAGGGCACUGGUGUCUCCUGCCCAAUGGGAACCCAGAGAUGAAGAACCCUCUGCGUACCAUGGCCACCCUGAACACUAGGGGCAGCGUUGUUGGACCUUGAUUCAAUUUCUUUGAGAUGCACGAAAUCUUUUGUGUUAAAGGUCCCAUGACAUACGACUAGGUAUGUCUUGGGAAGCCGUUUUGAAACUCUGGCUCUUAUGAAAUCAAAAGUGGGCACGGCUAAUCACACUCACACCUGGUGGCAUGUCAUGGGGCCUUUUAAGUGAAUAUGCUCCAGGUAUUUAAAGAGUUUAUUCGCAACACAUAUACUUCAACAUCUUAACCUGCAGGGUAUUUCUGUUGUUGAUUCCAAACACAGUUUGGUUUACUAUUCAUUUCUUAAAUCGUAGUGUUGACAUAAACAACAUAAACAAGUCAUUGUGGGGUACAUAUAAGGAUAGUUCAUCAAUCACGUUAUAGUUCAAGAUCGCGUUAUAAUGUAUACAUUUUUAGAUGCACGUCAUUGUGAGGUAUAUAAUCAUUGAAGUUAAUGCAAUCAUUUCCUUAAUUUUUACUAACGUCAUCUUCAUUCAUUGUUGUUCUCGCCCACUAGCAAAAAGUAAGCCAUUAUUGUUUGUCAUACAGUGAAUAAAUCACUUAUUGUA